AUGGCCAACACAGCUGUGUCUGAGUUCCUGAGGGAAGACCUCAAUUACCAUGACCCGACAGUGAAACACAGCACCUUCCAUGGUGAGGAUAAGCUCAUCAGUGUGGAGGACCUGUGGAAGGCAUGGAAGUCUUCAGAAGUGCUCUGGAGUGGGAAGCCUUCACACAGGAGGGGAUGCAGUGGAGUCUGCAAGGCUGAGCGUGCAGUGGGCAACUGUUUCACUAUGGCUUCCUCUUUGGCAGUGACCCGCCAUAAUCACCUCAAGGACUUCAUGCUGGUGGUGUCUAUAGUUAUUGGUGUGGGCGGCUGCUGGUUCGCCUACAUCCAGAACCGGUACUCAAAGGAGCACAUGAAGAAGAUGAUGAAGGAUCUGGAGGGGUUACACCGAGCUGAGCAGAGUCUGCAUGACCUUCAGGAAAGGCUGCACAAGGCCCAAGAGGAGCACCGCACAGUGGAGGUGGAGAAGGUCCAUCUGGAGAAGAAGCUGCGUGAUGAGAUCAACCUUGCCAAGCAGGAAGCCCAGCGGCUGAAGGAGCUGCGGGAGGGUACGGAGAAUGAGCGGAGCCGCCAGAAAUACGCCGAGGAGGAGCUGGAGCAGGUCCGGGAGGCCCUGAGGAAAGCAGAGAAGGAACUGGAAUCACACAGCUCAUGGUAUGCUCCAGAGGCCCUUCAGAAGUGGCUGCAGCUGACACACGAGGUGGAGGUGCAAUACUAUAACAUCAAGAAGCAAAACGCCGAGAAGCAGCUGCUGGUGGCCAAGGAGGGGGCUGAGAAGAUAAAAAAGAAGAGAAACACACUCUUUGGCACCUUCCAUGUGGCCCACAGCUCUUCCCUGGACGACGUGGAUCACAAAAUCCUAACUGCAAAGUAAGUAGCACCUGCUGCCCGGCUCUGGCGAUGCCC